AUGCAAAUUACUAACUUGGGGGCAACUCCGGUCAAAGACCAAAGUACCAAACGAGAGAUAGAAAGAGCACUAAUAGUCAUAAAGGUGGGCAUGAAAAGAGAGAAGAACAUAUGGCAGAUAAUCGAGGAGAUAUCAGACGUGGACAUACAGAAGAUACUAGUCAAGGGAAUAGAAAGCGGAAGCAUAAGAAACGAGGAGACGAGUAGAGAAAAAGACAUAGAAUUCAUAACAGGGGAAGUGAACCGGUAUAUGGAUCAAGUGGAAGCGGAAAGGGAGAAAGCGGAAAUGAAAGCGGAACUAGCGGAAAUGAAAGCAAAGAUGGCGAACAUGGAAGCGAGCAGGCGAAUGCCAAUUAAGAGGUGUUACACAUGCGGAAAACCAGGGCACAUAGCAACAAUGUGUUAUGCGAGAAGACCAAGUGAAGGUGACAACAUCAAUAGAAGAGGAAGUGCACAUUUGCCAAAUAAAGUUGAAGAGAAAAAUAGGAAAAUAGAAGGUGGCGCGGACCUAGUAGAAACAUCAAAGAAGUUCAAGAAAGUUGCAAUUAACAUCAUGAAGUGGGAAAACCGUGAACAGUACGUGGCAGGAGUAGUAGACUGCUAUACAGGAAGAAUGAUGCUGGAGGAAUUAGAAAGCAGAACCACGAAGGAAAUAAUAAGAGUACUGGAGAAAGUAUGGUACACGUGGGGAGGCAUCGAUGAACUAGUGAGUGACAACGGAAAAGAACUGGUAAGUAAGAGCGUAGAACACUGGCUGUGGGAUAAUGGAAUCAAGCACAGAAUAAUAAGUACAGAAGAAACAGCACGGAUGAGGUGCUGGUUAAGGAUUAGUAGUAAAGCACUGUAUCAGUGA